ACAAGAUUUUUCUUUUUAUUUUGUUUGGUACUCCGAAGUACGCACGAGUAAUGUUUACGCAUGAUUCUGAGGUCUCUAAUAAAGCAUUUCGGGAAUUAACAUUCGUUCUAUACAUUUCGCCUCAUAAUUGUCCACCCUACCAUGUCAAACCGGCAAAGCACGUCCAUAUCCGCAAUGCAGCAUGCACAGACUUUCACAAAGCCCUUGGAUGAGGAAUCCAGUUACAUUGGUGGGCGCAUCGGGCCCAAACAUGCACAAGUACUGGCAACAGAAGUAGCAACGACGCAUGUCGUCACUCUGAUAACUCCUGGCAAAGCAUUGAGAGUAAUAUGAUGGGUUGGGAUUGGAGGCAGCGGAGGCCUGACUGGUAGCUGCUUGCGCCUGGACCCCUGGUGGGAGAGGGAGCGAGAUCUGCGACGUUAUCGAGCCCUGUCGGAGUUUCGAGUUGGGAUCGGUAGCUUGACUUGCAAGGUU